AUCUCCUCCUCCUCCUCCUCCUCCUCCAGUCUUAUACAAUAAUAUCGAUUGUUUCGACUCACUUUCGUUACCAAUAGUAAUAUGCAGUCCUUUGCGGCUCUCGCCUUCGCUGGCGCUGCUGCUGCUCAGGCAGGAUAUGGCGGUGUUCCGCCAGCACCAGUCUAUCCGCAGCCACCAGCCUAUGCUCCGCAGCCACCAGCCUAUGCUCCGCCUCCAGCACCAUAUGCACCGGCCAGCACCACCUUCGCUUGCAAUCCCGCCCACCAGUACCCCGCAGGACAAGUCUGCACCACCAUCAGCGGAUCGUUGACGCUCGUCACUCAGAGCUCGACUACUUGCACGGAAACACCCUACCCAACCACGUCGACCGUGUGCCCAGCUCCAGGCACUACGGACAGCCAAGGCCGCUACAGCUGCAACCCAGCUCACACUUACCCAGCGGGCCAGACUUGCAAGGCUGUCAACGGAUGCUACUACUUGGAGUACCCAUCGACUUCCAGCUCUGCGCCAUACCCAACGUCGACCUCUUCGUGCCCUGCACCAGGAACCACUGACAGCCAGGGACGCUACAGCUGCAACCCAGCUCACACUUACCCAGCUGGCCAGACCUGCAAGGCUGUUGGUGGAUGCUACUACCUCGAGUACCCGGCUACUUCUUCGUCUUCUUCUUCUUGUUCGACCACUGCUACUCAGCCUGCACACCCCGUCUCUUCGUCUGCAUGCCCAGCACCAGGCACCACCGACAGCCAUGGACGUUACAGCUGCAACCCAGCACACACUUACCCAACUGGACAGACCUGCAAGCUCAUCGAUGGAUGCUACUUCCUUGAGUACCCAGCCACCUCAUCGAAGCCAUACCCAACUGCCAGCUCUACCGUGCCAUCUGGUCCCGUUUCGUCUUCUGUGUGCCCAGCGCCUGGCUCGACCGACAACAAGGGACGUUACAGCUGCAACCCGGCUCACACUUACCCAACUGGCCAGACCUGCAAGCUGAUCGAUGGAUGCUACUUCCUCGAGUACCCAGCCACCUCAUCGAAGCCAUACCCAACUGCCAGCUCGACUGUGCCAUCUGGUCCCGUUUCGUCUUCUGUGUGCCCAGCGCCUGGCUCGACCGACAACCAGGGACGUUACAGCUGCAACCCAGCUCACACUUACCCAGCUGGCCAGACUUGCAAGCUCAUGGGCUCAUGCUACUUCCUCGAGUACCCAUCUUCCUCGACCACCUCUGCCACCAAGCCGGUCUACACCACUGAGGUUGUCACCACUGACUACACGACGUACUGCCCAUCGCCAACCACCUUCACGCACGGUCCAUCUACGUACACCAUCACCAAGGCUACUACCGUUACCCUGCCAUGCAAGGGAGGUUGCACCGUGACCAAGCCAGUGACCACCGUUCCAACCUACGCACCAUCGAUGUCGUCGAGCAUGCCACCACACCCAGUCUACCCCAACACUACCAUGACCAUGCCACCUCACAUGACGACUGUGAUGACCACUGCCUUCACGACGUACUGCCCAUCGCCAACCACCUUCACUCACGGUCCUUCCACCUACACCAUCACCAAGGCUACCACCAUUGUCCUGCCAUGCCCAGGUGGAUGCACCGUGACCAAGUCGAUGCCACCUGCCUCUCCAGUGACCCUGACCUCGGUGCUCACGCAAUUGACGACCUACUGCCCCAGCCCUACGACCAUCACCCACCAGCAGUCGACUUACGUCAUCACCAAGGCCACCACUAUGACUCUUCCUUGCCCCGGAGGUUGCACUGUCACCAAGACGGUUCCUGCUGUCCCAGAGACCACUGUCAUGACCGUGGUCACCAAGCCAUCGACCUAUGCUCCUCCUCCAGCUGUCCCAACGACCUACGGUCCUCCUCCUCCAGCUGCUCCUCCCUCAAGCCCAGUCAAGCCACCAGCUCCUCCAGCUGCUCCCCCGGCUGCUCCACCAAGCUACGGUCCUCCAGCUGCUCCUCCAUCCAGCCCAGUCAAGCCACCAGCCGCUCCUCCAGCUGCUCCUCCGGCUGCUCCUCCCGCCUCUCCACCAAGCUACGGUCCUCCAGCUGCUCCUCCAGCCGGCCCAACCGCAACUCCCCCAACCUACGUGAAGCCCACUCCUACCCCAAGCACUCCAUACUCUCCAGUUGCCUACACUGGCGCUGCUUCCCGCCAGUCCGCCGGCGCUAUGCUCGCCCUGGCCGCCGCUGUGUUCUUCUUGUAAACCAGGACGGAAUGAGUUUGUAGAUAGCUUUUAGCGAGAGAGAGAGAGCGAGCAUAUCGUUACGUACACGAUGCUCCCGAUUCCAAUAUCAAAGCAAGGAAAAAUUUCUUCACAUUGGGAUGUACAGAACAGCACAAGAUGCUAUUUGGAGAAUUUGUUUUUUGGAUCUAGCGUUUUUUUCUUUGUUUUGGUCUCUUGGCCUUGCCCAGCAGCGUAGACUUCUAGGAGGAGGUAUUCUCGCAGCUGCUGGCAAAGUGCCUCAUCAUCAUCCACGGGGAAACAUUAUACAUACACACAUGAGGUGACGAAUUCGUUACAAUUAGUAUUUUAAUAAUUUUUGGAGGUUAGAAGAGAUACGUAGAAAUAUAUAUAAAACGGUUUCAUAACCUCCACUUUGUU